AUGACUGAACAGCAACGCUUGACAUGGUUGUUGUCUAAGCCAGCUUGUGCUGACGUGAACUGUGCCAUGCAAGAGCUGACUGGGGUUAGCUACAACACAGGAGAGCAAAACAAAGAUAUAACCAAGGCUAGACAAGCUCGUGACUGGAAAGAUACCCACAAAAUUCUCUUGUAUCUUCGAGAUAUGAACCCCUUCACUUCCGAUACCAGUCUAAGAAGCAUCUUCACAGGAGUACAUGCACACAGCACCGUCAAUGUUGACAAAGCAAAAGAUGUUGGAAAUGCAAUUCUGAUUAGCAUGGAGGGGAAGACUGCUGCAGAAUAUAAUUUCAAGAAGAAAGACCAGGUCAUCACUCUAGACAUGAAGAAUGAAGUCAAAGUUGAUGGCAUUGCAGUGCAGAUUGACCCACAACUUCUUUUCCAGAGACUCACGAUAAUUGCUGCAAAGGCAACUGAAAAUUUUGAAAAUGUCUUCAGGUAUGAGCUAUGCAGUUAUCCACCAGCCCUCUUUGACUCAUCACUACUUCUACGGGAGCCACAGAAGCCAGUGCUGGCAAAUGCCAUCUGGAAUCUAUUGGCACCAGACAUUUCUGAGAUAACUGGAGAAGUCCAGUAUGUGCUGGAUGGCGGUGCACUCAUUCACCGCAUCCCAUGGACGCGAGGGGCAACAUACCAAGAGAUAUGCUCAGUGUACACAAGGUAUGUCUCAAAAAAGUAUGGAGAAGCAGUUGUCGUGUUUGAUGGUUACAGUGGCAAAUCCACGAAAGACACAACGCAUGAAAGGCGAACAAAAGGGCAUGCUGGAGUAACUGUAGCAUUUACCAGCAAUAUGCAGCUUACAAUGUCGAAGGCUUAA